AUGCUAAAGACGUGGAUAGCAGCAUCUUGUAUGCUAUGGUGUGUCGGCUUAUGCUGCGGUGCUAGAAACCUGACCAAGCUUCACUUACUGGGUUUGUUUCCGAUGACGGGGGUGUGGGCCGGGGGUACGGCCAUGUCCAUCGCAACUGAGUUGGCAUUACGAGAUAUCAACGACAAUGUCGAUAUACUUUCUGGGUACGAGGUGGUUUUAAUACGCAAGGAUAGUGGGUGUGACGGAGGAACCGCAACGAACGCUCUAUUCGAAGAGCUGUACAACCAAUCCACCACUAAAAUGAUGAUUAUUGGAGCUGGAUGCUCAAUCGCAACGGAACCUACUGCGCAGGCGUCACACCAUUGGAAUCUCAUUCAGAUGUCCAUCUCGUCCUCACCUUUACUAUCCAACCGUGCCAUGUUCCCGCUCUCGUUUCGUCUGAUGCCUCCCGAGUCCAACUUCAACAUUGGGAAGCUCGCCUUAUUCAAGAAGUAUGGCUGGAAGAAGGUGGCCACACUGUGUCAAUCAGUCCCUUUGUUCUCAUUGUCAAUGGCAGACUUACACAGAGACGCUACCGAGCUCGGUAUUGAAAUUAUUGCAGCAGAGAGCUUUGUGGAUAGCCCGGGAGUCUCAAUAGAGAAUAUCAAGAAUGUAGGAGCCCGAAUUAUUGUCGUUGGUGUUUAUAGCGAAAUGGCAAGGAAGGUUUUCUGCGAAGUGUAUCGACAGAAGAUGUACAGCUCCAAGUAUGUGUGGAUUGUAACAGGUUGGCUUGAGUUUAAUUGGUGGCGGGAACCAAGCGAAUCUAUUGACUGUACACCAGACCAGAUGGACAAAGCAACGGCCAAUCAGUUCGGGAUGUACAUAGACAACUUCCCGUCCGAUCAGAAUAGUACACCUUCAGUAUCCGGGCUCACAACAAGUGGUUUCUUGGAGAGGUUUAAGGUUAUUGCUGAGACCGAGUCUCCGGAAUCUAUGACGGGAUACACAGAAACCACUAUAAUAUACGAUACAGUGUGGACAGCUGCUUUAGCACUUCAUCAAGCACAGACUACUCUCGAGGCAUUAGAUCCUCCGAAACAAUUGGAAGAUUUUAGCUACGACGAACAAACUGCUCAGAUUUUUUAUGACAUUAUCAGCAAUUUGACGUUCGAAGGAAUAUCGGGUCCUGUGAGAGUAGACCGAAAGGGUGACAGGCUUGGACUGGUGGAAGCCCUUCAGCUUCAAGAUGGUACGUUAGUUUCCAUAGGAGUGAUUGAUCCAACUUCAGAGACAAAAGAUCUUAUCACUGAUGGAUACCAAGCUAUAUUUUGGCCAGAUGGAGCGCCACCUAUUGAUUUUAUGAUGUAUCGGGAGGACAACCAGACGAUACAUAUUCCAGUUUUCAUCGCUGGUGUCGCUCUUUCUCUAGUCGGGACUGUUCUUGCGUCUUCCUUUUUAGCUUUCAACAUUCAUUUCAGGAAGUUACGCGUGAUCAAAAUGUCGAGCCCGAAGAUUAACAACUUGAUGCUGAUUGGUGGAUUGCUCGCCUACGUGUCGAUCAUCUUUCUCGGUGUCGACACAAGUAUCGCCUCUACGGAAAACUUCGUUUGGAUGUGCAAGGCUAAGACUUGGUGUCUUUCAUUUGGGUUCUCCAUUGCAUUUGGUUCCUUGUUCAGUAAGACGUGGCGGGUACACAAAAUCUUCACGAACAAGACUGCAAUGAAAUUGGUUGUGAAGGACUCCUGGCUGAUCGGUAUGGUUAUGACACUGGUUGCAAUCGACACAGUUAUAUUGAUUUUAUGGGAAAUUGUUGAUCCAGUGUCCGCAAACAGACAACGUGGAACUGAAGUGAUUGACGAGGAAAAUGAUGACAUAGUUCACAUACCAAUCCGCAUGAUGUGUGAAUCAGUUCAUCAGAUCUAUUUUAUCGGUGCCUUCUACAUCAUUAACGGCUUGCUGUUAAUAUUUGGGGCUUUCUUAGCCUGGGAGACCCGCAAAGUUACCAUCCCAGCACUCAAUGACUCUAAAUAUAUUGGUGUGUGUAUCUACAACGUAUUAAUAUUGUCCUUCGUGGGAGCUAUGGUGUCUUUUGUGGUCGAAAAUAGGAAUACACACUACGCCUUGCUAGGUGCACUGAUUUGGCUAUCAACUACAAUUACACUAUGUAUUGUAUUUGUUCCAAAGAUAAAGACAAGAAAUGAUGUGGCCCCAGCUAAGAACACGACCAUGACCCAACAGGGUGGUAAUUCAAUGGAUAUGCAGAGAGAAAACCAACUCCUCCGGAGAGAAAUAUUUAGGUUGAAGAAUUCCUGCAAAUGUCAGGCACAUGGAGACUCGACCGAUGCAGACAAGAUCAAAGCAACGCCUUCACUUUAA